AUGGAGAUUCACGACAAUGAAGAUGCAACAAUGUCUCCAAUAAUGGGAACCGUACCCGCUGGUAAUCUAGAGGUGGAGGUUGAUCAUCAUAAAGAUGUUGUUGUGUCUCCUAUGGCGGAAAAUGCUGUCGUGACGACGGGCUUGAUUGCUCCCGAAAAUUCUUGGCUAUUCGCACAUCCAGACGCAACUGUCGUUUUCGAUGCCCCAUUCGAGGUUCCUUUCGAAGGACUGAGUGGACUUGAAGCGCCGAGACGAGAAAGGGGGCCUUCUUCUUCAUCCAGUCAGUACCAAAAGAAAGUUGCUCUUAUUGCAUCGCUUGUAGCUUUAGGGCACGCUACAGAUACUCGCCAAACACGUCGGGAAGCUGAUGAGCAAAAACAUCAAUCUUCACCUAAAAAAAGUAAACAUGUCAAAGAUGAAGAACCUGUUAUUGAGAAAGAUAAGAAAACAUGUGAGGAAACCACCAAUGAUGUGAAGACCUUGGCAACAGAUAUUAAUGAGAAGCCAGUUGGAAGUAUAAGAUUGGCUGGAGGUCUAAGCAGAAGGCAGAAGAGUACGAAAAGGGUUUCAUUUUCGCCAAUCAAUAUUGAAAGUUCGGCUUAUGGUACAACUGUAGCUGAUUAUAAAUCAAAAGAAAUUCAUGAAGAUGGCAAAUUGGAGAUCGGUGAAAUUUCUGAUAACCAAAGAGAUGCAUUAGACUCUUCUCAGGAUCCAUCUUUGGAGCAGAACGAAGGCACUGCUGUAUCUUUGGGUUCUGAUUCAGUGUCUGGUCCUACUUCUAGUCAGGCAGAAAGCUCUUCAUCAAAUGCUUUAGUGGUGGAUAUCAACCCUGUAACGACUGAUGCACCUUCUCAACCUGUUCUUUUAUCAAUCGGUGAAUUUGAUGGUGCACCAGAAGAAUCUGAUAGAUCGAAUGAGGAUGGUUUCGAGUCAGAAGCAGAAAAGAACGGAACUAAAUCCGCCAGUACAUGGACGGAAGAUGAUGAGAAGAAUCUUAUGGAUCUCGGGGAAUCUGAAAUAGAGAGGAACCAGAGAUUGGAGAGUUUGAUGGCUAGGAGAAGAGCAAGGAAAAAAAUGUUGAGAAUGGUGGCUGAAAAGAAUUUGGUUGACUUAGACCAUAAUGACCCUCCAAUUCAUAUUGCGCCGUUAGCAGUUAUUAAAAGCAACCCGUUUGAUCAUCCGACAGAAAAUGAAAUUCCAGGUUUACCUCCUAUCCCAGGUUCAGCUCCUUCUGUUUUGAUUCCAAGAGCGAACCCUUUCGAUCUUCCCUAUGACCCACAAGAAGAGAGACCCAAUUUAACUGGAGACAGUUUUCAUGAAGAGUUUAUGAAUGUUAUACAAAAAGAUAUAUUUUGUCGACAUGAAAGUUUUUGUUACGGAUCCACUUCAUACUCAGGAGGGCUCAAGCAAGAUAAAUCUGAUAAUAAUAUCAGGUCUUACUCGGUAAUCGAAGAUAUGGGAUCGCCGGAGCAAAGACCAAUGUGUGCACGAAGUGAUUCUACGUCGAGUUUAGGUACUGAGAUAGAAUUGCGAUCUUUGGUUCCAGAUCAGGAAGAUCAAAUGAAGCCAAUUGAAGAACAAUCAGCUCAAGAGUGUGAGUUGAUGCCACCCAUCGGUCAGUCGGCUAAUUUUGUUGAAGGAACAACUCAAUCCCCUGAAGCAGAUGUGGUGGAAAUUCAUCCAGAAGAAAGAAGUGAGGCUUACAUGAAACCUGAUAUUGUUGAAGAGAAGUACAUUGGAUUGAGUUCAUCCUCUUCAUCUUCAUCAUCUGAAUUUAGCAAAAAUGAAAUUCAGUCACAAGCUAUAGAACUCAAUAGAGAUGAUUCUAAGGAGGGCCCAUCAUCAGCACUGAAUGAUUAUGAUUUCAAGAGUGAUAUGACAGUGAAAGUCAAGGACAAUAGUCAACCCUACGAACCAGUAUAUGAUUCUAGUCCAUCUGCAAUUGAAAAGAGGACAAUCGAAGAAUCAUUGUUUUGUGAGGAUAAAGGGGUAGUUCUUACCUCUGUUUUAUCAAUAGCUUCUGACAUGCAAGUAGAGGUUUCAGAAGCGAAUUCACCUUCAGCUUCAUCGGAAAGAAAUACUGCAUUUACAGAUGAAGAACUUCUAAACUACAAUGAGAAUGUCCGAAGUUGUAACAGCUCUGUCGGUGAAGAUCUGUGGGCAGCUUCACCAGACCUGCAUACAGUGGAUGAAAUUGAAUCAAAAUCGAACGGAGUCACAGAAAUUAGCGACCUCGCUGUGAUAAAUGCAGGACUUUUUGGAGCUUGUACUACUGAUGCCAAUACCGGAAUUCCCAUCGAGCAACAACCAGUGCUUAAUCCUGUUAACUCCAACCCACCUCCUUGUCCUUCAGAGAAUGAAUCGAACAUUGAAGGUUUGGUGAGUCAAGCUUCGUCUUCAAGUACCGAACCGGAGGUAGUUGCACGAGUUCCUCAAGUGGAUUGGAAAGAGAAUGUGGCACCAAUAGCUUCUAGUUCCUCUGCGAGACAACUUCCACAUGAAAGUUUGAUAGUUCAAUUAUCCAGGGAUGGUGAUCAUCACAAUGAAGCACAGGAGCCGCCUAUCAGUUCUAGCAAAGAACACAGUUUAACAGACCCAUUAGCAGUUGAUUCCAAAACAAAUUCAGCAUUACUUGAAGAACCAAGUAUGCAAGGUUCGGUGAAUCAAAGUCCAUCGUCUAAUGCUGUAAAGGAGCUGCAUGGUCAAGUCUAUAAAUUGAAUUUGGAGGAGACUGCCGACGCAACAGCUUCUAUUUCAUCACUCGCACAGCCAUCUCUUGAAAACUUAACAAAUCAGACAUCUGUGGAUGGGAAUCAUCUUGAUGAAAAACAGGAAGUAUCUUUCAAGUCUAAAGAGGAUGAAAACACUAUCAAGAAUGUGAAGGAUCCACCAGCUGUCCAGUCGUACCCAACUUCCACUCUGAUGUGUGAACCGUUAACUGAUAACCAGAACCCAUUAUCAAGUACCGAGCCAGAGAUGCAUAACCAUGUUGAGCAACUGGUCCUGGCGGAGAAUGUUGAACCAAAUCCUUCUAGUUCUUCACUUUCACAAGUUCCACCCGAAGAAUUUGUCUAUCAGCCGCCCAUAAAUAAUGAGCGUCAUGAAGAAGCAAAGGAACCAUCUACCAAGUCUAUGGAAGAAGGAGAUAUCAGCAAGGAUGUGAAUGACUCAAUAACAACUGAUAUCAAAUCAACUUCAUCAAUGGGUGAACCGAUAAAGGAGGAAAUGAUGGAUGAGAUCUCAUCUUCAGCUGUCGAAGCAGAGAUAAUGAGUAAUCAAGUUCAUUCAUUGAAGUUGGAGGAGAAUGUGGAUCCAGAAGCUUCUAGUUCUUCAGUUGUAUGGCUUCCAUCUGAAAAAUCGGUUUGCCCAUCCAUGAACAAUGAUCAUCACGAGGAAAUAAAGGAAUCACCCAUCGUUUCAACAAAAGAAGGAGAUAUCAUGAAGGAUGUGAAUGACUCAGUAUCAACUGAUUCCAAAUCAACUUCAUCAGUGGAUGAACCAAUAAAGGAGGGAGUGAUGAAUGAGAAUUCAUCUUCAGCUGUCAAACCAGAGAUAAUGAGCAAUCGAGUUCAUUUAUUGAAUUUGGAGGAUAAUGUAGACCGAGAAGCUUCUAAUUCUUCAGUUGCACAGCUUCCAUCUGAAAAAUCGGUUUUGCACCCAUCCAUGAACAAUGAUCAUCACGAGGAAACAAUGGAAUCACCCAUCGUUUCAACAAAAGAAGGAGAUAUCAUGAAGGAUGUGAAUGACUCAGUAUCAACUGAUUCUAAAUCAACUUCAUCAGUGGAUGAACCGAUAAAGGAGGGAGUGAUGAAUGAGAACUCAUCUUCAGCUGUCGAACCAGAGAUAAUGAGUAAUCAAGUUCAUUCAUUGACGUUGGAGGAGAAUGUAGACCCAGGAGCUUCUAGUUCUUCAGUUGAACAGCUUCCUUCUGAAAAAUCGGUUCACCCAUCCAUAAACAAUGAUCAUCACGAGGAAACACAGGAGCCGUCCAUCGUUUCAACAGAAGCAGAAAAUUUCUCAAAAAGUUACCAACAUGGUGUGCAUCCGGCAACAACCAACUCUCAUUCUACUUCAUCUGUAAUGAAUGAACUUAUAAAGGAGGGUUUGACGAAUCGUGAUCCGUCGUCAAGUGCGGGACAAGAGUUGCAUAACCAAGGUCCUCAUCUGAAUUUGGUAGAGAGUGUCGAACAAAUGGUUUCUGGGUCUUCACUUACCCAGUUUCCAGUACAAAAUUUAAUGGUUCAGACGUUCUUGGACAGUGAUCAUCAUGAAGCUGCACAGUUCAUUGCACAGGAAUCCUCGAUGCAGUCCCCCAUGGAAGAUAAUAUAAUCAAAGAUGUGAAGGAUCCAAUAAUAGUUGAAGAGCAGAAAUCAAAGUCAGUCAAAGAUGUUGAAGGAGAUAACCAGGAGUUGAUUGAACGUCAGGUGGACUUGCCAGAAACAGCAGUGACACCGUUAAUAAAGGAGCAAGCUUUUGGAGCAAAUCAAAAUUUAGAGACUGUAACUUCUGAAGAUGCGGAUAAAGAACAUAAAGUUCAACUGACAUCGGGAGCAGCUCUAGAAUCUGGUACUGCAAGCUCUGCUGAUCUAUUUGAUGAUCCUGGAACUAACCUUCAAAAGACGAUGGCAAGCCGGAGAAUACAGAAAGAGGAUAUUGAAGCAAAUGCAGACCUAAAUAUAGAAACUUCAAAUAAUCAGCCUGACGAACAAAAAGUGGACGAGCUAGCACCCAAAACUGAACCAAAUUCAUUGGGUGUUAUCUUUACUGAUGAUCAUCUUAAUGAAGAAGAGACUAGGAAGACAAUAGAUAGUGGAACAGUACAGGAGAAAGAUGUUGAAGCAGAUUGUUACCCAGAAAAGGAUACUUCUAUGCAUCUGCAUGAUGAGCACUUAACAGUUACCUUAACGCCUGAAACAGAAGUAGAAUCUGUUAAGGUUAGUUUUUCUGGGGAUCAUCUUAACCAUGGAGGAAGGAAUAAGACAAUGGAGACUGCAACAACACAGAAGCAAGAUGUUGACGGGAAUCUUGACCAAGAACAGGAAAUGUCUAAGUUUCUGCACAAUGAUCAAAAAGUUGGUCAAGCUUCAGAGGAAAAUAUACAAGAAGCAUCUAGUACCGUUGGCUCAGCCAAUUAUCAUGCUGAUCAAGGAAGUCAUAUGAUGACAUCAGAGGGUGCAACAGUACAGAGUCCAGAUUUUGGGGGCCAUAUCGACUUAGAAAACAAAUCUUCCAACCAUUUGCAUGAUGUUAAGGAAGUACUUCAGCUGCAACCAGAGAUAGCAGUAGAAUCUGGUAGAGUUGGCUCUUCGGAUGUUCAUACUAAUGAUCAAGGAAGUAAAAAGAUAACAGAUAAUGUAGCAACCCAGGAGCGAGGUACUGAUGCAAAUUGUAACCAAGAAAGUCAUGGAACAAUGGUGAAUGGGGCACAACAGAAUCAAGAUUCUGAAGCAGACGUUCAGCUGAAACCAAAUACAAUGGGAGAAUUUGGUGUGGUUAGCUCUGCUGAUCGUUCUAAUGAGCACAGGAGUUAUGAGAAGACGGAGAGUGGGACAAAAUCAAAGACAUCUUUUGUUGCAAAUCCUGACUUAGAAAAAGAAACUCCCGAGGAUUUGCACAAUGAAAAACAAGCAGUUUGUCUAAAACCAGAGACAAAGAUAGAAUCUAGUAAUCUUAACUUAGAUCAUGGGAGUUCUAAACUUCUGGAUGCAAUGGAAAGCGACUUCAAUCAGAAUACAGAAUCAGCUCAUAAUGAAAAUCGUCAGCAUUUAGUGAAGGAAAUAACGUCAGAUGAUCUGGAAAAGGAAGUUGCAAUUCAUCAGCCGCAAAAACCUGUUUCAACGAUUAUACAAUCAGCUGGUGCUAACAUUGUUGAUCAUCAUGACACUUAUGGCCAUGAAGAUUCUAAUCAAAAGAGUAACACUGAGAACGGGUCAGUGCAGAAGAAAUUAGCGUUUGGAGGAAAUCUACCGCUAAAAAACAUUAUUUUUAAGAAUCUGAUCGAAGAAGAAGUUUGGUUAACACCUAAAACAACAUUAGAAGCCAUCACACCGAGAGCACCAAUGACGCCGAAAGCAGCUGAACUGGAACAUCAUUAUCAUCGGAAUCAUUCUAAUGAUCACGGAGCAAGUUGUAGCAUUCCAGAAAUGAUGGAGAACAGAACUCGAGAAGAAACAAAUGAACCUUCUAAACUUCUGCAGGUUACAGAAGUAGUAAUCGCAGAAUCUGUUGAUCAUGGUAGUGACAAUCAAGAUUUUGAUGAAAAAGAUACCUCCAAACCUCGGCGAAAUGAACAAGAUAUUCAUCAUCUGCAGCAGGUAACAGCAGACACAAUGAAACUCGAAUCUGGUGAACAUGCAAUGAGUUCUGUAAUGGAAACUGGACCUGCAACGAAGGAGCUGAGGUUUGAACCAAAUAAUUUAAGAAACAUGAUCUACAAGAAUCUUCAACAAGAAGAAGAAGUUUGGUUAACACCCAGAACAGAAGCUGAUCAUUAUCAUAAUUAUCAGCAUGAUAAUGGAAGUUCCAAUGCCCAAACAAGUACUAGUACACCGACAAUGAGAAAGACCGAGAGCGAUUCAGCAGCGGCAGAGAAGAAAGUAGAUUUUGAUGAAGGUAAUCAUCCCCAAGAAAAUGAAACAAGUGAUUCUAAAACCAUGGAGUAUCAGGAAAGUGUGGUUGAUGAAAGUUCCAAUGUCCAAAUAAGUACUAAUACACCGACAGUGAGAAAGGCCGAGAGCGAUUCAGAAGCGGCAGAGAAGAAAGUAGAUUUUGGUGAAGGUAAUGAUCAUCCUCAAGAAAAUGAAGCAAGUGCUUCUAAAACCCUGGACUAUCAUGAGAAUGUAGUUGAUGAAAGUUCCAAUGUCCAAACAAGUACUAGCACACCAACAAUGAGAAAGACAGAGGGCGAUUCAGAAGUGGCAGAGAAGAAAGUAGAUGGUGAUGAAGGUAAUCAUCAUCCUCAAGAAAAUGACUAUCAUGAAAAUGUAGUUGAUGAAAGUUCCAAUAUCGGGACAAGUACUAGUACCCUGACAAUGCCAAAGACCGAGGGUGAUUCCGAAGCUGCAGAGAAGAAAGUUGAUUUUGAUGAAGGUAAUCAUCCCCAAGAAAAUGAAGCAAGUGAUUUUAAAACCUUGGACUAUCAUGAGAACGUGGUUGAUGAAAGCUCCAAUGUCCAAACAAGUACUAGUACACCAACAAUCAGAAAGACCGAGGACGAUUCAGAAGCGGCAGAGAAGAAAGUAGAUUUUGAUGAAGGUAAUCAUCUUCCUCAAGAAAAUGAGACAAUUGAUUCUAAAACCUUGGACUAUCAUGAAAAUGCAGUUGAUGAAAGUUCCAAUGUCCAAACAAGUACUAGUACACUGACAAUGAGAAAGGCCGGGGGCGAUUCAGAAGGGGCAGAAAAGAAGGUAGAUUUUGAUGAAGGUAAUCAUCUUCCUCAAGAAAAUGAGACAAUUGCAGUUGAUGAAAGUUCCAAUGUCCAAACAAGUACUAGUACACUGGCAAUGAGAAAGGCCGAGGGCGAUUCAGAAGUGGCAGAGAAGAAAGUAGAUUUUGAUGAAGGUAAUCAUCUUCCUCAAGAAAAUGACUAUCAUGAAAAUGUAGUUGAUGAAAGUUCCAAUGUCAAAACAAGUACUAGUAUCCCAACAAUGAGAAAGAAUGAGGGCGAUCCAGCAGCCGCAGAGAAGGAAGUAGAUGUUGAUGAAGGUAGUCAUCAUCCUCAAGAAUAUGAAACAAGUGAUUCUAAAACCUUGGAUUAUCAUGAAAAUGUAGUCGAUGACAAGAAUGCCAAUUCUACUGCCAGUACUGCGGUUAAGGAAAGCAUGAAUGAAUGAAAUGAUGACUUAUUUUUUGUUGUCUAAAUUCAUUUUCUUAGUUGCUGUCGGUCUAAACCAACAUUACGUUUUUCCACCCAUAUAGAAAUUUGGAUCCUUCUGUACAGCAGAACUCUUGAUUUUGGUUAUAGUUAAAGUUAAUCAAGAGUCAUUUUGUUUUGUUCUUUCUUAAACAAUGACACCUGUUUUGAGGUAUACAUUUUCAUAGAAGCUUAUUAUUGGGGUUCAAACUUUUGAUUUGCAGGAAAUACCAUACGGUCCUAGAAAUAAUAUAUUAGAGAGAGUUUACUCCA